ACCCCGAAGUGGCAGGACAAACACUCACGCGAAAAAUGUUUAUUCUCUACACCAUUUUUGGCAUUUUAGUGGCCAUAAUAAUUACUUCUUACAUACGAAUUCUCUACAAAUCGCUGAGACGCGUGCGUGUACCCAUAAGUAGUGGAAAAUCAUCUGAGUUAAGUGUACAAAUAUUCAAACAAGCGCCCGGACCCAAACCCUGGCCCAUCAUUGGCAACCUCAAUGUGCUGGAUAAGUACAGGGACAAUCCCUUUGCGGGUUUCACCGAGUUGGCCAAGAUUUAUGGCGAUAUUUACACGCUGACCUUCGGACACACACGCUGCCUGGUGGUCAACAAUUUGGAACUCAUUCGCGAGGUUUUAAAUCAAAAUGGAAAGGUUUGCAGUGGACGACCGGACUUUUUGCGCUAUCACAAACUAUUUGGAGGCGAGAGGAGCAACUCGUUGGCCCUGUGCGAUUGGUCGCAGCUGCAGCAGAAGCGACGCAACAUGGCCAGAAGGCACUGCUCGCCGCGGGAAUCAUCCUCCUUUUACAUGCAAAUGUCGCAGAUUGGCUGCGAGGAAAUGGAGCACUUUAUCCGGGAAAUAGACGCCAAGAUGCUGCCCGGACAGCCUUUCGAUGUGAAGACAUUCCUGCUGCGUGCCUGUGCCAAUAUGUUCAGUCAGUACAUGUGCUCCCAGCGUUUCGACUACGAUGACGAAGAGUUCCACAAGAUUGUGCUGCACUUUGAUGAGAUCUUCUGGGAGAUCAAUCAGGGACAUCCGUUGGACUUUCUGCCCUGGCUGCGGCCCUUCUAUCAGCGACACUUGAACAAGAUUGUCAACUGGUCCUCCACCAUUAGGAAAUUCAUUAUGGAUCGCAUCAUCAGUCAUCGGGAGCUGGACAUUGAUGUGGAUGAGCCAGACAGUGACUUCACGGACGCACUGCUGAAGAGUUUGGUGGAGGACAAGGAUGUCUCACGCAACACAAUCAUCUUUAUGCUGGAGGACUUCAUUGGCGGCCACUCGGCUGUGGGGAAUCUGGUGAUGCUGGCGCUGGCCUACAUAGCCAAGGAUCCGCAGGUGGGCAGCCGGAUACAGGCCGAAGUGGAUGCCAUAACCGACAAGGGGCAGCGUCGCAUCAAUCUGCUGGAUAUGAACCGGAUGCCCUACACCAUGGCCACGAUCUUUGAGGUGCUGCGGUACUCCUCCUCGCCGAUUGUGCCGCAUGUGGCCACCGAGGAUACUGUGAUCUCUGGCCAUGGCGUCACCGCUGGCACGAUUGUUUUCAUCAACAAUUAUGUGCUCAACAAGAGCCCAGAGAACUGGAUAGAUCCACAUCAAUUUGAGCCGCAAAGGUUCCUCGAGGAAUCCAACAAAGACAGUCGAGACUCGAGGGGCUCCGAUUCGGGCAUCGAAAGUGAUCGCAAGGAGUUGCAACUGAGGAAGAAUAUUCCACACUUUCUGCCCUUUAGCAUUGGCAAACGGACAUGCAUUGGCCAGAAUUUGGUGCGAGGAUUUGGCUUCCUGCUGUUGGCCAAUCUACUGCAGAGCUACAAUGUAUCCAGCGAGGAUCCAACCACAAUUAGCAUCACGCCUGCCAGUCUGGCGCUGCCCGCCAAAUGCUUUCCCUUGCUGCUGACACGUAGGACAUAGAUGCGUUGGGUUCUAGGCAGUAUGAAGUUGUUUUUUAUAUUUGGCUAUAACUUGCAAAAACUUGGGAGCAGCGGCACAUCCUUAAAGGACGCAAAAACUUACGAGCUAAUCGAUGGCUUACAAAUCUAGACAGAGGAGCCACAGUGCGGAGACCAUGCGGAAUCCCUCGGGCAUGAAAUCCUAAGCAUAAAACUAAUAUUUAAAAUUAAAAAUAAUUAUAAAUAAAGAAUAAUUAGACUUUGCUGCAGUUGAGAUACAUUUUAUCUUGUAUCGAAAAUAUGUUAAAUAUUGCCACAAAUUUCUUAGACUGAAUGCGAGAGAGAUUCCCUCCUGGAAACUGCCUUCUGGCACUGUGGCACUCACAUUUUACUCAGACUCUAAUUCAUUCUCAAUGUCCUUCCAUCAAUUAAAUGUUUUAUAUCAUUUAUGUGUAUGUAUUUACAUAUUUUUGUUUUGUGUGUUUCUUUUAGAAAUCCUUGGACAAAUGUCAAAUGUCGAAUCAGGCGCUUAAAUCCUAGCCAUUAAUAAUAAAUCUGUUAAGAAUUCCUAUAUAUAAAUGCGUUUUGUUCACAUGAUUAGUCCGUAAAAAAACAAUUUGAUAAAACAAAUCACGAUAAAGGGGG